CGAGCGAGACAUACCACGCCGCAAUGCUACUGGCGCGCUCGCCGCCACCGCCAUUGCUCCCGGUGGCCAGCUCCCCAGCGCACUCGGUCCGCGCCUUCCCUUCUCGCUGCCUGGCCGCUCCCCGCGCCGCCGCGAACGCUGACGCGGUGACGGCCGCGUCGAAGGCGUCUUCUCUUUGGGGCGGGCAAAAGCACAAGCAGGUGGCGAGCGUGGCGAAUCCCCUGGUGAAGCACUGCGUGAAGCUCCGGGACUCCGCCGCGUACCGCCGAUCCUGCCGACGCCUCCUCCUCGUCGGCCUCGCCCCUAUCAGGGAGAUUUGUGCGCUUGGUUUCGCAUCCAUCGACUGCUUGCUUCUCUUGGACGGUGUAGAGAUCCCGGAUGAAUUGCAUGAGCUCUCUGGCGAUGUUGUGUAUGUGAGCGCCACUGUGAUGAAGAAGAUUUCCGGGAUGCGGUCAGUUGAUUCCACUGAGGCGAUUGCUGUCAUGCACAUGCCGAAGCAUUUCUGUGACCUCAAUGGAGACGAAGGAGGGGCUGGACUUGAUGGAUUGUUUCAUCAGUCUCCAAAUAGGAUUCUAGUCCUUGAUGGGAUUCAGGAUCCUGGUAACCUUGGAACGUUGAUAAGAUCGGCUUGUGCUUUCAAAUGGGAUGCGGUAUUUCUUCUUCCAGCUUGCUGUGACCCUUUCAAUGAAAAGGCUCUUCGUGCAGCUCGAGGAGCCUCUCUGCACCUUCCGGUUGUUUCCGGUAACUGGUGUGAUCUUCAAGGUUUGGUGACUAAAUAUGACAUGAAGAUGUUGGCAGGCCAUCCAAAAAGCGGCAGUGAUGGUUUUGAAGAGACUCGCCCGCUGUCCAAAGAGCUAGCAGAUUCUCUGAUGAGUAAGUCUCUAUGCUUAGUGUUAGGAAGUGAGGGCAAUGGCCUCUCCGAAGAGACCAUCCAAGGUUGUGAACUUGUAAGCAUUCCUAUGGAAGGUAUUUUCGAAUCUCUGAAUGUUUCAGUUGCUGGUGGUAUAUUUUUAUUUAUGUUACAACUCAGACAGGAAACAUAUAACAGAACUUUAGCUCCUUAAGUUA